UCUACGGUCAGUUUCAGUGACGGACUGAGGGAUGAACUUGAGUCCUCGAUGGUCUUUUUAAAGAGAGAUGCAAAAACUGCUACUAAUCAUCGUAAUUUACAGUGUUUGACUAGUUUAAAUAUCGUCUACGUUAUACUGAAUUAGGCUAUAAUGUAUAACUUUUAACGUUUCUUUAUGGAAUCAACUGUGGCAACGGAUUUCUUCCUGGAAUGUUUUGGCUCCGAAAAUGCGUCAUUUUGUGUAUCUUUUCCUAUUUAUUUUACCUCCAGGUAACACUCUUUUGAACUCGAGCCAAGACUGUGGAGGUAAAAUUCUUGGAGAGCAUAGUGGCUCAAUCCGGUACUCUUUACACCCGAGCAGACUUUUAUUUGACAGAAUUACUAACGACAGCAAAGAAAAGCAGUUGGAUAUUACGUGUACUUGGAUUAUCGAUGUACAUGAAAAUCAGACUGUGUGGAUAGAUGCUAUUUCUGUUGGGAAGGGAGCUCGUAUUGGGAUUACAUUUGGGAAUGGAGAUACAGUGAUCUACGAAAAGGAUGAGCAGGAGAUAUUUUCUGGCACUGGGAGAACUGUUGUUGAGUGGAGCUUAAAAAGGACCGACAAAACAUUUGCCACAUUACAUCUGAGAUGGAACACGUCAGAGGAGAAUCAGACUUCUGCUUUGAUUCCUUACACCCACUCUGAAGCUGACCCGGUUUCUCCCUCUCCGAGUUCCUCAAACGGUGUAACCUACACCCCUGACAUUCCAGUGAACAGCAAUGAAACCCCCAAAACACACAGUGUAGGUGGAAAGAGUAUACGGCAGGGCGGAGGUGUGUCUGACCUGGCCGAUAAGCACAGACCCCUCUAUCCACAGGAAACCACCAACAAUGGACAGGAAACGGCUGGAGUCUGGAUCUCUGACCUCGCGUUCACUGGCACACAUUCUUAUUCUGAUACACACACCAACUCUGGCCUUGACGCAAACAUGGACACGCUUGCAGUAUUGUCUGACGAACCUCCUUUGGCUCAGUCGUCCACUAAAGACCAAUCGCCAUUGCUUUCUGCACAAACUACGCCCAGUUCGACAGCUCCCAUUGCUGCAAAAACAAGCACUCUUUUAGACACAAAUAAUGUUGCGUUCACCGAAUUGCACAGAGGAAGUUCACAACCCACACACACACAUGCAUUUACUCAAAUCCAGUUCAAAACAGUUAAAAGAGGUGAUCUAAGUUCAAUUUUUCCUACUUCCAGCUAUAUGGCGGUAAGUCCACCAAAUAUUGAGCCGUUCAAUCAAACAUCCACACAGGCAGAUUACAUUAGCGACAGUGCUACCAAGGAUACACCUACUACCAGGACAGGGUUUAAAAGGGAUGUGUUAACAAUGUCUGAGAAGAUUGGGACAAGUCAAUUUCAUGCAACUGUUUGGAGCUCAAACACAAUCACAGAUGACAGCCAAUCUGUAGCUUCAGAGGCAGACAAGACAGAUCAUUCUCCAAGGUCAACAAAUCCUAAUCAAAGCAUUGCUAAUCAAACAAUCAAUGAGGAUUUAGUUAUGACUACUAGCACGCUUGCUACAGUAUCAAGAUUUCCAAGCCAAACCAAUCCUUUAACGUUUUCUGACAGCGACAUGACUGAAUACUCCAGUUACUCCACAUCUCCAAGUGAGCCACCCAUAAAUGUUACCACUGAUAUUGAACCAACAGCUUCAAGUAGCACUCUUGCAACUUCUGAAAUGUUAACCACGCACAUCGUCCAAAGUCACCAUACAAGUGCUCAAGAAACCAGCUCUGCAUCUGCUCCUGUCUUUGACCUGACAUCUCACAACAAUAACAAAAUCAGUGCAUUCAUCACUUUCUCCACUACAGACCUGACCCCCACUGAGAGUCCAAGUACAUCAGAGGUGGAUGAAGGGUUUUCAACUCAUGGAAGAGAUUGCCUUGGUCUUGGAUGCACCUCGUUUUUACCAUCUACUGUACAAAGAGUAAAAGAUACCCCCAUAACCAGCCCUCCAUCGAUUUCUGCAAGUCCUCAGAUUAGUCCAAACAUGACUUCUGACCCCUCUUCUGAGGAUAGCACUACAGUAAGACUUGAGAACCGCACUAAUGUGGAGCAAUCUGAUGUUUCCCCAUCACAGGUCCAGAAUAUCAACACAAAAUCAAGUAUGCAUACUGAUUUAUACACAUCUACACCUCAGUAUCCAUCUUCCAAAACCGCACAGAGCUACGGGGAGUUUUCUGAUGUAACAGAUAUCAGUAAGAUGACAAGUAGUCAAACGGAAAGUACAAGCCAAUCAAGUACUAGUACGACGAGUUCAAAGACAACUCUUGGCUUAUCUCGAUUUAAUACUGAAUCAUCAGAAAACACUAAUGGUUUUACUUCAUCUUAUCACUUCACAACUCCCUCCGUCUUUCAGGUCAGUACAACUGAUCAUACCAUUCAAACCAGUACCACUGAUGGCAUAACCACUCCACACUGGGAAACUAGUCAGACUUCAGUGGUUCACACAUCUUCAGUAACCAUCCCACAGGUGAAUCCGCACACCACGACCACAGAAACGACUUCAGCCCGGGUUCAUAAGCAGUCUCAGCCUGGAACUUUUAGACCUCUCCAACAUACAACCACAAGCUCUUUUGUUAUUCACACAAAAGCACGCAAAAUACCUACGCAAACAGUUAGCCAUUCUACUGCAUCCAGCUUUGACAAGAAGUGGCCACAUGGACGCCAUUAUUUCAUAGUGGAUGACCAGCCAGUGAUCUUCAAGGAAAAAACAUUUCAAGUGCUCCUACAAAUCGUCCUAGAAGGAGAUUAUGUGCCUAGUGUGAAACUUCUGGAGGUGGAGACAUUUCUGCAGAAAGUUGCUGGGUUUCAGAAUCAACAUGUAACCUGGCACAGUGGUCCAGUUCUACAGACAGUGGUUCAGUUCCAAACAGUGCAAGCGCUCUCCUGGCUGGGAAGGGUGGAGUCUUUGUUACGGGAGGCGGGGUUAAACCCACUGCCAAAGAAAGGAUUAUUUGUGGGUGGAGUUAGAGUGAAGAAUAUUACAGAAGGAGGUUUGCAGACAGAUGCUUGUGAAUGGUUGCUUGAAUGUCCGUCUGGGUUCCAGUGUGUCUCCUCCAAGGGAAAUGCCACCUGUACAUCUGUGUGCCACUCUGAAUACUGUAAACAUCAGGGCAUCUGUGUUCACCGCCUCGGGCAGCAGCCUAUCUGCCAGUGUCCCGUCGGGGAGGAUUACUGGUUUAUGGGCCAGCGAUGUGACCUCCGCAUGACCCGGCCGCGUCUGGUUGGCGUAUGUUUUGGGGUACUAGUUGCUGUCGCAGCAGUCAUGGCUCUUCUGUCAUAUCUCGCUGUGCGCCGGUUUAAAAGCAUGCUAAUGCAAGCCAAAGCGGAGCAAACACGCAGCAGUUAUCGCAGAUUUAAUCACUUUGAUGAGCUUUCGGCUCGUUUUUGGGGAAGGUCCUGGCCUGGCUCUGAGGACUCUCUGGAUAACCCUGGCUUCACCCGCUCAGAUGAACUGCUUCACCUGAGGGCUCUCGACCGCACCUGCUGUUACCAUGACGACACUCUAUCAGUGGUGUCCACAUACCAUGGUAGCGGAGCACACCUCAACACUGUAUAUCCUCAUGGUUCUCAGUAUGGCUGGGAUCUCAGCAACUGCAGCCUGGCAGAUGGUGUGGUGGAUUCUGGGAAGGCUAGUGACUUAUCAGUGUGUAGCUGGCCGAUUGAGCCGAUUCAGUGGACACCAUUCCCUUUACUGCAGCAGCUGUCCAGAAAUACCACCACGGUCAAAGCAUCUCGUCCUCGCUCUUACUGUGAAGGCAUGGAGCUGGUGGACUUGGAGAAGAGCUGGACUGCAUAACGGGCACUCCAAAUGUGAGAAUAUUACAUCUUCUUAAGAAACAUGAUUGUUGUGCCCAACAAUAAUAAAAUGUCAAUUUACUGAAA